AUGUCAGAGACGGCCACUUCACAAUUAAACGAACACGUCCAAAAGGUCUCCAGCAUUCACAAGAAGCAGCCACCCAAGUUGGAAUUCCUAUACCAUUACAAUGACGCCAUUAAAGGAUACGCUGCCGAAUUGACCCUCUUUGGACGCACCUAUCGAUCCCAUUUCUACAAGAAGAAAAAAACAGCCAAAGAAGCCGUGUCAGCUAUGGCGUUAUAUGAUCAACCAUACAUGGCCAAAGCCAAAGUACCACCUCUUCAAGAAGAGCCCUUGGAUGAAAAAGAUACUUCAGCUUGGCAGUCGUUUGCAAAGGCGAAUGCUGUUCUUCCUCCUCCUCCUCCAACAGCACCAACGAAUGCAUUAUCCCCAGUCAACAGCAACAACAACAACACAAACAACAUGUCAUCCAAUCCUUCAGCAGCUCCACGAAGGCAGAUGGUGCAACGCGUUCAACGUUGGUUGGAUCAUUCUCUAAACGAUCAACAUUCCAAAUCAUACGUUAGUCUGCUGAAUGAACUUGUCCAGGUGCUUGCCAUUGAACCACCACGCUAUACAACUGCUCAAGCAUAUCAUGCCAUCGGUGGACGCACCCAUGCACCCUACACUGCCACUCUCUUUGUCGAUAGUCGCGUUUUUACUACUCCUGAACCACAAGAUACUAUCAAUGAUGCCAAGAAUCAUUGCGCUUAUUACGCCAUAGUCGCGUUGGUAUAUGAUGUUUGUGGAGUAUCGGUCGACCAACAGCAACCACUACAAUCACUACAGCAACCAUUAUCUCCAUAUCAGCAAUUCCAACCAUUACAAUCACCACAACAGCCAUCCUUAUUUCCACCACAGCAGCCAUCAUUAUUCCCAUCCCAACAGCCACAUCAACAACUACAACCACAGCCCUCAGCACUUCCACCAGGCGUUUUGACGCGACCUUUGCCAAAACUCAGCCUUCCACCAGGCAUCCACAAGCGACCUAUUAUCUCAACCUUCAACAAGACCGAGAUGAUGAUGUUGAACGAAUUGGCAAGCAAAUUACAAUGGGAGAUACCAACCUAUGACAUCGAGGACAGCAUUGAUGAACGCACUAAAAGUACCAUCUUUCGAUGCACCAUUACGCUACAAGCUAAAAAGGACAAGCAAGCGUCGAAUGGAGAACAACAACAGCAGCAGCAAGAACCAUACGUGUUUUUGGGUACGCAAUGGUGUCAAUCAAAGAACCAAGCCAAGCAUUGUACAGCAGCUCAGGCACUUGAAGAGCUAUCUCAAAACGGAUUGUGUGUGAUUGUUCGUGAUUGA